UCCUCUGGCUGUUUUCAUAAACAAACCACACUUUCCCUCCCGCCGGGGCCGCGUCUCUCUGUCAGCCUGCCAGCAGCGACACACUCCUGCCACCGUGUCCACGAAGAGGCCGUGGAGCAGCAGCCGCGAGAACCGGGACAGACACAGGGGACAGACGCUGCGACAGCCGGAGACUUGUCGGUGUUGUCUUCAUUGUCCGAGCGGACAACGCGUGGCCGACUGUCGGGACUGGGACUGAGACUCCCCCACCUCCCCCCUCACCUCCUGCAGACCGCAUAACCCGCUGUAGCCGCAUGGUUCCGGGCUGUCAGUGAUUCUAACCCGCUGCGGAGCCCGCGAGGAGCUUCGGUUGUUUCAGAUAUGGUGAAGCUGACGAAGGCCAAGACAUUCCAGGCUUACCUGGACUCCUGCCACCGGCGUUACAGUUGUGUACACUGCCGCGCCCAUCUGGCCAACCAUGACGAUCUUAUCUCUAAGUCGUUCCAAGGCAGUCAAGGCCGAGCCUACCUCUUCAACUCUGUGGUGAACGUCGGCUGUGGCCCUGCGGAGGAGAGGCUGCUGCUCACAGGACUUCAUGCUGUGGCCGACAUCUACUGUGAAAACUGUCACACUACACUGGGCUGGAAAUAUGAACAAGCCUUUGAGCUGAGUCAGAAGUAUAAGGAGGGGAAGUACAUCAUCGAACUGUCCCACAUGAUAAAGGACAACGGCUGGGACUGAGCAAGGAAAAUCUUCAUCUUUCUUCAUGACUCUUUAAAAAGUUGCAUCCCCUCACAUUAAAAGGGUUCCAGUGUAGCUUCCUUAUCCCGCAUUCGAGCCAUUGCUUCGUAUGGCUUCGCCAGCAGUAGCAUGUGAUGCCUUAUCUUUUUCUGUUCUUUGUGUCUUUUCACGGCGACCACAACACCACCAUUUGCUGAUCUCACUAUCCUAAUCGCUAGUUGUGCUGGGACAUGGACCGAAUGAGUGCAGGGUGGGUGUGUGAAAGACGGGCGGAUGUGGUCACACAGGGACGUGUGAGUGUUGGAUUUAAAAAAAAAAUCGUGUUCGAGUGAUGAAACUUUUAUAAGUGACCUCGAAACGGUCUCACUCUGGGGAGGGGAGACCCGGGCAAGUCAAAUAAUCAAACCCCCUAACACUUCAAAUGCAGGUAUUUGGUUGUUUUCACUAUUGAGUUUAGACUAUCUGGCUGAAAAAGUGUAUUAGGCUUAUUUAACCCUACGGAUCCUUUACGAGUGAUACAAGGCUAUGGGAAUCCUUCCAGCAGUGGGAAGGCUGUUCUAGUUUUAUCAGUGAAAUUCAUUGUUUUUUUUUUACAGUAAGAUCAGUAACACUUGUUAUUGUGCCAAAGGCAAUCAGGGUGUUAUACUAGUGAUGGUCAAGGCCCACAAAAGUCUCCCUAAAGAAUUCUUUAAUCUGGAGUAUGAGUGUCUUCUGACUGUUGGGGUAUAUUUUAAUGUGUGUAUGUGAGUGAGUGAAUGUGUGUGUGUGUUUUUGCAGUGGGUGUGUGUGUGCUGAGAUGCCUUAAGCUGGACGAGGUUGAGAAGAGUAGAUCUGGGGUUCAAAUCUAAGACUCAUCACUGCACAGUUGGGAUAUCUUCACUUUUACUUAAUGCUGAUAAGAUACAUCCUGUGUGUUUGUGUAUAGCCUCUAUCACUGAUACAUUUACUCAAUCCUCUUAGUGCAAAGUGUGAUUAGGGUUUUGUAGCAUAUUUAUGGUGAUUUCUUUUUUUAAAUGUCUGCUUCUUUCAUGCUUUCAUUUAAGUGUAUUAUUUUAACUUUUCAUUAAAAGACAGUGUCUGUAA